CGCGAAGUGUCUAAAUAAUCAGCCAAAAUUAUGUAUAAAUCGCAAAAAUAUAUAUUGCAUCAAUUUUUACAACUGCCAAAUCGGAAAAGAAAGUAAAGAAUAUCGUGGUUUCGCUAGAAAACAUUUACAGAUUACAUAAUAAUCGAGAAAACGCGGAAGUUAUGCGCGCAACGCUUUCUUUCGCGAACCUGUCGAGUUGACAGCUGAUUACGCAGUGAAACCCGAACCGGCCAAUAGGAACAGCUAUAGAGACUCUAUGUCAUUUUCGCGAUUGGUUUCACCGCGUGUCGAUAAGAAAAUAAUAAAUAUACAGUAUAUUAUACGAUGCUUCCGAUUCUAAUCUAAUAAACGCAACCCAAUUAUUGCAUAACGAUUCGUCGACGGAUCGUUGGAUCGCUAUUACGUAUAUUUUAUGAUGUAAAAGGGACAACGGGUUGUUCAUGUAACAUGAAGUUGGCUACAAAAAUGGUGAAUUAGUCGGGCUUUCGCUCAAGUGUCUCUAUCACAGCUGUUCCACUGCUCCGUUUGACAGAUCGCUGCCGUGUUUGACAGGUCGGUUCGUAAAAAAUCGAAAAAUCUUAUCAGAGUCUUGAAACACGAAUAGAGAGUUCCGAGUAUCGGAUCUUCCCUCAGAAUCUUGCGCGGAUUAUGUAUUGUAUACAUACGUCGUCUUCAUCGACACGUUGACGGAUGUAAUGUCAAAUUUAAUGUCAAACGAUUAAUGAUUUAAUAUGCAGCCGCUCGACGAUAAUCGGAUGACAUGAGACUUGUGUGCGACGUGAUGAGGAACUGGGAUAUUGUUGAACGCCGGGUGGGAUAUUCGUCGUUAGUGGAAACGAAAAAUGUUCGUCAGGGAUCCCUGUGGCAUCAUAUGCAUUAUCGUCACCUACAUAGCGGUGUUUUACGCUGAUUACGUUGUGGUGCGAUGGAUCGUGUUGCAUACCAUGCAAGACAGCUUAUGGGGCCCUUUUCAUAUAAUAGCAUUCAACACGGUUGUACUUCUUUUAAUGAUGGCACACUUGAAAGCUGUCUGUAGCGAUCCUGGUAUAGUACCCUUACCACAAAAUAGAAUGGACUUUUCCGAUAUUCAUGUUUCUGGAGGUAAUGAUGAUCAUGAGGGCGAUGAGAAGGAUGAUUGGACAGUGUGCACUAGAUGUGAAACUUAUAGGCCACCUAGAGCGCACCAUUGUAGAAUCUGCAAACGUUGCAUCAGGAGAAUGGAUCAUCAUUGUCCAUGGAUCAAUAAUUGUGUCGGCGAAAGGAAUCAAAAAUACUUCAUACAAUUUCUGGUAUACGUCGGUGCAUUAGCUAUAUAUGCUAUUGUUUUAGUUAUUAUAUCAUGGAUUUAUGACUGCCCACAGUGCAAUAAUGACAUUGCAAUCAAGCAAAAUCGCAUUUUACAUUGUGUGAUAUUAGUUUUGGAAUCUGCAUUGUUCGGUAUGUUUGUCAUAGCGAUUCUGGUGGAUCAGUUUCAAGCGAUUCUAGGCGAUGAAACCGCUGUGGAACGCGUACAAGGUAUACAACAGCGCUAUCACAAUAAGAAUACACCACGAACAUUUACGCUUUUGGCCCAAGUGUGUGGCAAGAGUCAUCCGAUAUUUUGGUUGCUGCCUUGUCACAAUCCGCCACGUUAUUCCUUCAGAAAGGAUGCGUAUUUAAUUGACCACGAAGUUUGAGACUAAACACGAGAGAGUGUACUAUAUCUGCACACAGUAUUUCUUCUCUUUUGUAUUAUUUGUCUAUACAUCAAUUUAUUAGCAAUUCUUUUCUUAGAUUAACUUAAUAUGUCUUUAUAUGGAUUAUAUAUUGACAUUAUUAUAUAGAUUUGAGACUUGUAGCUAUAAUUUUUCUACGGCGCAAAAAUAAAAUAUUUAUAUAUCCUA